ACUCUGAUAUGUGCGUUCGAGAAUAUACAGUACUGGCAGCUGGCCAACCUUGAGGCCGCUACACGAGAUCCCAUGGGAGACAUGGCAGAGACGUAUGGAAAUCCAUCCUUUUAUGGAGAGUCCCCUAGAUCUGUCCGGAAGCAAAAUCUAGAUCCUAGCAUAGCUGUGACGCCAUCUAGUGGACAACCUUACCUCUUAAGCGAGGACAAUAACAUUCGUGAAGAGGACUUUGAUGCGCCGCAAAAAAGGACAAACCUCAGAUCUGCAGACGAAACAGACCUGUCCGAUGUUAGCCAACAAGACUCCAGAGGAGGGAGGGAAGGAAGUCGAACAGUAAUUACUAUCGGCAGCACGCUUACAUACCAAAAUCCUGCCUUCCACGAACAUUCCCCUCGUUCACCGAAAAGUUCCAAUAACGUUUUGUCGGUAGUUUUAUUAUAUUGA